AUGGAGUCAAUCACUCGGAAACCCGAGCUGCCCUUCCUAAACCCCGUUGAGCGCGGAGCUCAAAUUCAAUCUCCCAACAACCGCUCCCUCCUACACCCUUCCUCCGCCGAUGACUUGCACGAUCUGAUCUGCGUGGGCUUCGGCCCGGCCUCGCUGGCCAUCGGUAUCGCCUUGCAUGACGCCAUGGACCCUGGCCUAAACCCAAAUAGCGCCGCUGCCGGCUUCCAGCCCAAGGUAUGCUUCUUGGAACGCCAGAAGCAGUUCGCCUGGCAUUCGGGCAUGUUGGUGCCCGGUUCGCGCAUGCAGAUUUCCUUCAUCAAAGACCUGGCCACCCUUCGCGACCCUCGCAGCAGCUUCACUUUCCUCAAUUACCUGCACAACAAGGACCGUUUAAUCCAUUUCACAAACCUGGGCACUUUCCUGCCGGCCCGCAUCGAGUUCGAGGACUACAUGCGCUGGUGCGCCAACCGUUUCGAGCAUGUUGUUUCCUACGGCCAGGAAGUCAGCGAGAUUGUCCCCGGCAAAACCACCAAUGGCGUCGUCGAGUAUUUCGUCGUUCGCUCACGCAAUACCGAGACUGGCGAAAUGACCUCACGAAAAGCCCGCAAGGUCGUCGUUGCCUUAGGAGGCCGGGCCAAAAUGCCCCCCGGCUUCCCUCAGGAUCCCCGCAUCAUCCACUCGUCCAAGUACUGCACCGGCCUGCCAUCAGUGCUCAAGAAUGAGUCCGAAUCCUACCGCAUCGCCGUCGUCGGCAGCGGCCAAAGUGCCGCAGAGAUUUUCCACGACCUGCAACGACGAUACCCCAAUUCCAAGACCACCCUUAUCCUGCGCGAUACAGCUCUCCGCCCAAGUGACGACUCUCCUUUUGUCAACGAAAUCUUCAACCCAGAGCGCGUGGACAAAUUCUUUCAACUCCCCGCUGAAGAGCGCGAAAAGCGCAUCGCCAUCGAUAAAGCCACCAACUACUCUGUCGUCCGCCUCGAGCUGAUCGAAGAAAUCUACCACACCAUGUACCUGCAGCGCGUCCGCAACCCGGACGAACGCCAAUGGCAGCACCGUAUCCUGCCCGAGCGCGCAAUCGGGCGCAUUGAACACCACAACCCUGCGCAGCGCAUGCGUGUUCAUGUCAGGUCCGUUGAUGGUAAGGCCGAGGGCAAGGAGAUACUAGAGGUGGACGCGCUGAUGGUGGCGACGGGAUACCUGCGCGAUGCACAUGAGCAGCUGCUGGAGCAGGUGCGUGGCCUACGGCCUGCUGGGCAGGCUGCUUGGACGCCUGGUCGGGAUUACCGGGUUGCGCUAGACGGGGAGAAGGUCAGCUCUGAUGCAGGGAUCUGGUUGCAGGGGUGUAAUGAGAAGACGCAUGGUUUGAGCGAUAGUUUGCUAUCUAUUUUGGCCGUUCGAGGCGGGGAGAUUGUGAGCUCUGUUUUUGGCGAGCAGCUUUCUGGUCAGGCGCAGGGUGCUCCUUUACGCGCUAUGCUGUAA